CACUUGCUCAUUCGAGUUUUUUUUCUUUGGCUUUUUUCGAAACAAAAUUCGAAACUUCAAACUUUUUCAACAAAAAAUAAAUCAUGUCUGAUCAUCAUCAUCAAAAAAAAUCUGAUUCGUCUUCGACAAUCACAAAUGAAAAUCCAGAAUUGCAAAAUCUAAUGAAAGACAAUGUACAAAUAACCUUCAGUUCGAUUAAAAACCUUAAUUCAUUCAAAGUUAAUAAUCAAGAAGAAUUUAUAUUUUUAUUGGAUGUUGCUCAUAAUUUAACCGUUGCAAUGACAAAAUAUAAACUAAAAAAUACAUCUCCAAAUAUUAUUAGAAUGUUGAACAAUGGUCCAAAUAUUGAUAAUAAUCAACAACAAUAAUUUAUGAUUCCCAUGAAAAUUUAAUUUCUU